AUGGUCGACGUGGGCGGCGCCGGUGGCCUCCCGGACAGGAACAGGACGGCGGAGGAGGCGCCCGUGCCGAUAGUCACUGGCCUGGAGGGCAGUGCCCGUCCCAGCGACGAGGCCCUGCAGCACUUCGCGCUGUUCAGCAACAUCAUGGAGAACACGCGGAUGGCGCAGGCGGACGUGUACUUCGGGCACGUGCUCUUCGGGCUGCUCCUCCAGCGGCUCGGGCGCCGCUUUGCGCUCCUGAAGGGCGCCGGCAUGCUGGAGCCCGCGUCGGACGCGGCGCGCAUGCGCGCGCAGCUGGAGCGCUCCGUGGCGGACACGCCGGACGCCGCGGCCGCGGCGCAGUUCGAGAGCUUCGUCGCAGGCCUGGCUGCCGAGCCCGGGGCCGUGGAGAGCCUGCGCCGGGCGCUUGAGCUGUCCCCGGCCACGCUGGCGGCGGCGCGCCGCCACACGAGCUUCGUCUUCGGACGCGGCCUGCGGGAGGAGAUCCGCUGGCCCCUUGCGCGCGCCUCGCGGGCCAGCGGGGGCGCCGGCGAGGGGGGCGCGAAGGUGGAGCACUGCAGCCCGUUCCUGCUCGAGGCGGCCAGCUGCGGGGAGCUGCGCAUGCUGUCCGUCGGGACGGAGGCCCGCGAGCGGCUGACCUGGGACGGCGUGCUGCUCGGGGCCCUGCUGCACCAGGCGGAGGCGAGCGUUGACGCCGAAGCCGCGGACCGUUGA